CAGGCUCCGCCUUAUAAAGAACAUCCGAAUUGUACACAGAAGAUUUGUAUUUCUAUUUUCGUGUCUCUAUCGAAGUUGUCUGCAGAUUGCAGUUGAAAUCUCUUCAGUUAGGAUUCCAGCUAAUGCAAAUCUAACCUUGUGGUGACCGCCAUUUCUGGAGUUCAUUACCGGGCGUAUAGUUUUAUUUGCCAGAAAAGAUACAAGACCGAUAACGCUAUCUAGUGCAUUUUAGUCUCGGAUUUUAGGGCAGAGUGGUGCAAGGGAUUACGCCCGGGCAGCAUAUAUAUUAUAGAACGGAAAACUUGGCUGAACUUGAACGCUUUGAUCAUGUUUGGCAUUCAUGCGCUUAUCACGACGCCCGGCUGGCGUUUUACGUGAUUCUUGAUAGUUGUCGUCGCCUUAGCCGGAAUCUGCAAUAACAGAUUCGCACAGGGAGUACAAAUUAGUCAGCUCCAUUGGUUGCAGCGGUGCAGCAAUGCGAUGCGAUCCGAUCCGGUCGGCGAUAGUGUGGCAAACUACAACUAUGUCGCAGGAGUCUAUAGUUUGACGUGAUUAAAUUGACGCAGAAUACGCAGGUGAUAGCUUCGUGAUGCAAGCAAAUUGCUUAGAAAGGAACACCGUUAUUAACGGUCGAUUGCCGAGCUGGGCUGCCAGACUGCUCACUGGGGCGAUAGCUCAAGAUCGAUAGCGGAUAGGUGCCAUCACUGACCCCUCGAGUGACCGUAUGUUCGCGCAUUUGUUUAUUUUUUGUUUAUAGCAACUAUGGAUCCUUCAAUUAUUGAAUUUAUUGGCGAAAAAUGCAUGAUCAGCAUUAUACCGAACUUCUCCAACGAGCCUCUGCACCUGAUAUACGGAUCUGUGGGGCCUUUCCGAGCCGGUUUUCCCGUGUUCGUGCCCCUGUGGAUGGCCACGCAUCUGCGCAAACAGCAAAAGUGCCGGAUUGUGCCUCCAGAAUGGAUGGACAUGGAUAUAUUGGAGGAAAUCAAGGAGGAGGAAAAGCGCUCAAAGUUCUUCACCAAAAUGCCCUGCGAGCAUUACAUGGUAGUGGCCCAGUUGGUCAUGAGCACGGCUCCGGAUGACGUUCCCCGUUGCGAGGAGCUGCGCACUGUUAUCAAGGACAUCUUCGACAUACGCGAGUCUAAGCUGCGUACUUCAAUCGAUGCCUUUAUUAAGGGAGAGGGCACAUACGCGAAAUUGGACAACCUCACGCUGUUGGAGAUCCACAGCGUACGACCCAUCCUGCCCUAUUCCCUGGACCACAUAGCACGUUACCAGCGCACGGCCACCGCGUCUCAAAGGGACACCUCAAUGCUGAGUGCAUCCAUGGCAGGCUCCAGUUCCGGUCCGAACAGUAACUCGCUGUUUUCUCAGUGAUUUUUCCACUCAAGAAACACUGUGGAGCUCAUUAAAGAUUAAUAGAUAUAGUUAUUAGCUGGAUGCUUAUGUAACCUGUAGCCAUUAAACCUCUUAAACGAUCACAAUUGAAAAGAAAAGCUUACAGAAAAUUAAAAAAUUAUUUUUAAUCUAUGAUAAGGCAUUUCGAAUUCCGAUAAAUGUCUAUAUCGAUAUGCGCCUCACAGCACGAUUGCAAUUCGACACAGCUGCUAUAAGAUAAGAUAAUACUGCAGCCCUGGUUUUCCACGAAGAAAAUAACAAUAGCUUUU